AUGGCGCUCGCAACCCCAAGUCUCAGCAUGUCCUACUUCAGCGACCUGUGCCAGGCGGACAUGCACCCCGCGGUUCUCGUCGACAUUUUGUCCGAGCUCGAACACAACGCCCAGAUCGACACCAACACGUUGAAUCCCGAGACCUUGAAGCUUCUAUCGACCUUCUACACCGUCUACCUGUUGUGUUUGGUGCACGAUCGUGACCUGAACGAAGCACGAUUCCUCACCCAGCGUAUUCCAACUGCGAUCCUAGCCGACGCCCAGCUCUCGAACGCUGUCAGUCUCCUGAGAGCACUGUACACCCGCAACUACCCCGCCGUGUAUGUUGCCCUGGAGAGUCCAAAGUGGUCGGAUCUUGUUAAGCCGCUUUGCAAGCGUUUUCAGGAUGACUUCAGGAAGAUGACGUUCCAGCUGCUUUCGAGGGCAUACACCUCGAUAACCCCGGAAUCGGCUGCGUUCUAUCUCGGACUUGUGGCAGCGCCGGACGGCGAGAUGGUCAAGGCGCUGGUUGCGGGGGGAUGGGAAUAUGACUCUGCGGCGGGCUUGCUGAAGCCUUCGGUCAAAUACGAGCGGGACGUGUCGGGGUCGACUCGCAAAGACGAGAGGAUUGGAAGACUUACCGCGCUGGUGACCCAUCUGGGGGAGGCUUGA